AUGGCGGACCAUGACGGCAUCGAGAAGGCUCCAGGUCAGCGACUUCUUUCACUUGAUAUCGGAGCCUCCCUGCCUCAAGUUUCUCGCCACAGGUAUCAAGUUUCCCGAGAAGACCACUCCGGUGUUCUCUUUGCCCACCACCGUGCCACAGUUUGGGCCUCAGCCUCGUUGCUGAAUCUUGCGUCCAACCAGCAUGCAACUCUGCAGUGUCUUUGUGUGCACACCGAAGCCCCGCCAUGCGGUAGCCGUGAGUGCCUGCAGCUCUUUCAAUUCCGAGCAUCACUGAAGAUCCUGGAAGAUUAUGUGGUGCAUCACCUGCCUACCCCUACUUCUGCAAGUACCACUGCCUUCCUUAGGGUUGCGAGGCCUCUUGCAGAUUGCACGCGAGUGAUCUCUCCACCUAAGCUUCUAACCUUGCUUGGCCACCCUGUGCUAAAGUGCCCCGUCUGUGCCUUUCGAGGGAUCAUGGAGCCAACCUCUGAGCAUAGCUGGCCGAACUGGCAGGCGGCACUUACUCCGCUUACAGUCGGGACAGAAGUGGAGGUGACUGAUGGCCACAGACAGCACCUUAUAGGCCGCCGGGCGAUCGUGCUUCCUACCUUGGAGUGCGAUCAAAACACUACCAGGAACGUGCGGCUGAUACAAGGACCUCGAGCUGAGCAGCGUCGUAUCUACACGAUCGACAGGGAACACCUUGUUCCCCGAUUGGGGUCGGAGGCUACUCAAGCUUCCAUGGACGAUGGCAUGCAGCCAAGCAUGCGGUGGAGAUAUGCACCUCCUCCAUUGACCAUCUUCAGCGCCCGUUACCUUCUCGGCUACCAGGCCCUGGCGACAAUGGUACCCCCUGGGGCACCUAAACGGAGUCCAGCAGGCCAUUAUGUGCACCCACCGCUUGAAGAUGCCUCACUUGAGGCUCCGUGGGAGAAACACAGCGAUCCAGAAACCAAUCGGCCAUUCUACUAUCACCCGGUGACCAAGCAGGUGACCUGGCGUAAACCACGGCCGGCUCUGGACCUUCCGAGGGAUGAGGAGCCAGGGCCCACCAAGCCCGGACGAGGAGAGUUUGAAAUACCUCAGCCGCGCACUCCCAGUCCACCUCCUUCCAAGAGGCUGAGAGCCGAGAACUUCGACCUCCGCUGCACCGUUGCUGGACCCUGCAGUCGACAAGGUGAUGUCCAAAAGCCAGCCCCGGACUUUGAUCCUCGAUCCUCUGGUGGCCCUCGUGAGUGGAACUUAGCAGAUCAUGCCCUGCCCGCUACACCAGACCGGGUGCUGAUCUGGGGUGCCAAAGCUAGGUUGCAACUACCGCAGCCACCGAGUGCUCCUGCAUGCACCUCGGACGUGGAUCGUUUUCUCAAGAGCUUCCUCAAGACACGGAAAGGACCAAACGGAGAGUCCCUUGCACCCUUACUUGGAGCACCUGUUCCGCAACCUGAUGGCUGGUGGCGUGUUCCAUGGACUUCGAUGGGAGACUCGCGCCACGAAUCGCUGUGCCAGGGAGGUUGGCUGCGUGGCUGGCACGGCUGCAAGCUGGAGGCGCUCUACUCCAUCAUCUGCCACGGCGAGCUCUUGCCGAGCCAAGAUGAGUCGCAGGGGGACCGAUUUCUGGCAGGCUGCCCUGGAGUGUACUUGCACCGAGAUAGCCUACGACACAAGGUGGAGAACUACAUGCGGUGGAUACCUCUGUGUGGAGAUGGCCUCUUUUGGGCUGCCAAGUGGGAGGUGGUGUAUGCUCCCUCAGGAAGCAUGAAGCAUGGCAAGAGAACUGACCAAGUAAUACAAAGUGCAGAAUCGGUGGAACUGACCGCCCUCUGGCUCUCGGUGCGAUCCGAGAGCAUGCUACCGGAAGGGACCACCGUGCAGGCCAAAUGGUCCCCUGAACGUGAGGCCAACCCAUGCCUGACUCGGUCCAGGCGACGCAGCAGCUCUUUGAUGCAGACACUGAACUUCAAAGAACAGUCUGCCUCCUCCAGCUCACACCUCCGGCCGAUCCUGAGUUCUGACCCGGAGAUCGACAACCAUGGCCGACUGAAGCCGAAGCCCAAAACUCGUGGACGACUGUCGUAUAUCCCCUCUGAACUGGAGAAGGACCGGACCCCAGCUCAGGCGAAGCUCACCAUACAAUCGGGCAAUCUGGUGCUGAAGUCGGCUACAGCAAAUAGCUUGGAGGCCCCGGCGUCGCGAAGCACAAAGUUCUCGGCCACAACGACUGUUGCAGCUACAGCUGAGCCUACGACUGCUACGACAACCACUCCGGCUACCACUCCGGAAGUAUCGACCCAACGGCCCUCGUCUGAUCUGCCUCGCAGAAGCCAAAAACGGGCUCAACCUGACACUGCCCUUGCCGCUCCGAAGCCACGGAAGAUGCAGACGAGGCCAAAGCCGAGAAGAUCGAUCUGGUUUGAUGUUACAGAUACUCCGGAUGACCAACCACCUCCGUCCUCCUUAGCUACAGCCAAAGGCCGAAGCACUGGCACGAUCAAGGCUGCCAAGCUCCAAGAUCGUGUCCGCAGAAGGAUGGCCAGGAAGAUGGAGGGAAUUUUCCAGGCCAACAGAGCCGCCGGACUCAGCAAAGACCCAGUCAAGCCCACCAGUGGCUUCAACAGGCCAAGCUGA